AUGUCACAUGUAGCAAAAGCAGCAGUUCCAGACGAUGCCCAGGUGUUGUGUUUGCCAACUUUCUUGAGAUCUACGGAGGAAGCAGCGGUGGAGAUGUACUCAUCGCCGCCGAUGGGAAAAAAAACAAAGAUAGCAUCCAGUCUAACAGUCACCCCUUUUACAAAUAAAAACAUCGGAGGACCUUCGGAGCUCCUGUUUUUUAAUGAUCUUAAGGGGAGUGAUGGUAAUCAUAACAAAACUGUGUUUAGUAUAAAGAUGUCAGGAGUUGAAAUAAUUGAAAAACGAUAUCUUUUCAGUAAAGGCGCACCUUCAGUUGCCAACAUAAACAAGAAUUUUUUAGAAAAUGAGCUAAAAGCCAGCAUGGUUUCGUACAAUCCCAACUGUGAUGUAAAAUUUCUUCGGUUGGGUCAAGCUAGUGAUCAAUUUCAAUCCAAUGCACCUCCAUGCGACGACGGGGUAAAAAACCCAGCGACGGUCAUUUUCAACUGCACUGGAGUUUUUUACACUGCAACUAAAACUCGGGUCACGUAUUGUCAAUUCAAGCAAAGUCGAGUGACAUCCUGGCCAGAGAACUUUAAGAGUUAUCUGAGAAAAGAUAAACCGUGUGGUUACACGUAGAUGUAAGGGACAUCAGUCUUUCGUUGAAUCUGCUACAAACAUUAUGGAAAUCAGAGACCCAAUUCAAUCCUCCAAAGUAUAAAACAGAUCAGGCAGGGAUAUUUUAUUUGAAAUUUCGACAGGGUAAACUUGUGGGGGAAAAAAUAAAUUUAUGUAAUAAAUUUUACGGAAGGAUUAUAUACUUUAAUUCAAGGUA